GCAGUGCAUUAAGUAUCUGUAUUGACUUACGCGGCAGAGUAGAAAAACACAAAUCCAAAAUAUGGCAAGUUCGUCAAGACAUGAAACGAACAAAGUUUGUUGUUAUGCACACCCAGAUGCACCUCUCAUUGAAGACUAUCGAGCUGGAGAUCAGAUUUGUUCAGAAUGUGGAUUAGUUGUGGGAGAUAGGGUAAUAGAUGUUGGUUCAGAAUGGAGAACAUUCAGUAAUGAGAAAGCUGGAGUUGAUCCAUCCCGUGUUGGUGGACCAGAAAAUCCUCUUCUUAAUGGUUCAGAUUUAUCUACAAUGAUUGGUCCUGGAACUGGUGCAGCAUCAUUUGAUGCUUUUGGUGCUUCAAAAUAUCAAAAUAGACGUACAAUGAGCAGUUCUGAUAGAGCAUUGAUCAAUGCAUUUCGUGAAAUUAAUGGAAUGGCUGACCGUAUUAAUUUGCCUAAAACCAUAGUUGACAGAGCAAAUAAUUUGUUUAAACAAGUACAUGAUGGUAAAAAUUUAAAAGGCAGAGCAAAUGAUGCCAUUGCUUCAGCCUGUUUGUAUAUUGCCUGCAGACAGGAAGGUGUACCACGUACUUUCAAAGAAAUUUGUGCAGUCAGCAAGAUUAGCAAAAAAGAAAUAGGAAGAUGUUUCAAAUUGAUCUUAAAAGCACUUGAAACCAGUGUGGACCUUAUUACUACAGGAGACUUCAUGUCUAGGUUUUGUUCUAAUCUUGGACUUCCUAAUAUGGUACAAAGGGCUGCUACACACAUUGCAAGAAAGGCAGUAGAAAUUGAUAUUGUACCUGGAAGAUCACCUAUUUCAGUGGCAGCUGCUGCCAUAUACAUGGCAUCACAGGCUUCAGAAGAUAAAAGGUCACAAAAGGAAAUCGGUGACAUUGCUGGUGUAGCAGAUGUUACAAUCAGACAGUCUUAUAAGUUAAUGUAUCCUCAUGCAGGAAAACUAUUUCCAGAAGAUUUCAGAUUUGCAACACCAAUUGAUCAGUUACCACAAAUGUAA